GUAAAAUAGCAACCCAACCGUCCACCGUUCACUUUUCCUUCUCUCCUCAGCUCUGUUACUGUUCUUCCUUCUUUCAUCCCCUGCGUUAGUAUAUUCUCCUUCUACAGAAUAUUCCCCGUUUCGCACCCAACUACCUCCUUGCCAUAUUUCCUUCCAUUUUCUUCAAAAGCUCAGCGUCUCCGACUCUGGUCCUUGCUUGUAUCCACUAUCUAUUUGUACAUUGACAAUCUCAACGACCGCAACGUGCUUAUUGCUUGCUCCUCGCCUUUAAUACGCCGCCGCCAAGAUGUCAACUUUUUUCUACGGACAGCACCAACAGCACCACCAGGCCGCUCACCACGGUGCCACCGCUCAUCUGCAAACGUCGAAUAACCACCAUGGAAGCCGCUCCCGGAGAGGUCCGAAGAUGGCUGCUCAAAAUGCCCAACGUCAAUUUCGUGGUGUCAAGAGUAUGAGGGAGUUGGCGGAAGCUCCCUCUGUAACUGCGUUCCGUGCCAGGUUCGAAGCUGGGCGGUCUUUCGAUCUGGACGACGAUCUCGAGUUCUGUCCGGGUCUCCUGACUGAGGACGAUCUGCACUCUAUCCACUCUGCUUCCUCGGAUCGUUCGUCUCUCUCCAGUGGCUCGCCUGACACAUCGCCAAUCCAGCAUCAGAUCCAGCCCGUUCAGCAGGUUACGCCGUCGAUUUCUUUGUCUCCCGCUUCUUCCAAUACGUACCUCCACUCAGGGGUCACUGGUAACUAUAAUCAAGCGAGCUUCCAGCAACCUUCGGCUGCUCGCACCCGCAAAGUCAUUCCAAUCAUCAACCCCAACACUGGGAUGACCCUGACCAGCCCGCCCAACUCCAUCUCCCCGGGUCAGAUGCAGAACGCUCAGCGUCGGUGGUAA